AUGUCCCACCACCUCCUCUCCUCAAAGAGCGCCGCCAUCACUGGCGGAACUACGGGCAUCGGGAGAGCAAUCGCGCUGGAGUAUGUGCGUCAGGGUUGCAAUGUCGCCAUCAACCACCUGAAUCUCCCCUCAGACUCCCAUCACAAGGAAUCCAUACUCGCCGAAGCUGCGGCUCUCAAAGAGAAGGAUGACAAGGCCGGCAGGUUGAUUGAGGUGGAGGGCGAUAUCAGUAAGCCCGAGACUGGAAAGAACCUCGUCGAGGAAGCGGUAAAAGCUUUCGGGCGACUAGACAUUUUUGUUAGCAAUGCCGGCGUUUGCCAGUUUGCGGAAUUCUUGGACCUCGACCACGACCUCUUCUCAUCGACGGUGCGCAUAAAUCUCGAUGGUGCGUUCUACGCCUGUCAAGCGGCCGCGCGUCAAAUGGCAUCCCAGGGCGAUGGUGGAAGCAUCAUUGCGAUCUCCUCCAUCUCUGCCCUCGUUGGCGGUGGUCUUCAAACUCACUACACACCCACCAAAGCCGGCGUGCUAUCGCUCACGCAGAGCAUGGCCGUAGCUCUUGGGAAAUACAAAAUCAGAUGCAACGCGUUGCUCCCAGGCACGAUCAAGACGCAAUUGAACGAGGAGGAUCUGAAUGACGAUAAAAAGAGGGAGUAUAUGGAGACACGCAUACCACUUGGUAGAACUGGCAUACCCUCGGAUAUGGCCGGCCCAGCUGUAUUUUUGGCCUGCGAUGAGUUAAGUGGGUAUGUCAAUGGAGCACAAUUGCUGGUUGAUGGAGGUCUGUUCGUCAACUUGCAAUGA